AUGGACGCCUUCGCCCCCGCCCCACCCCCACCGACCCCCCUGGGCCGGUACCGAAUCCUCUCCUCCACCGCAGGCAUCCGAGUCUCGCCCCUCCAACUCGGCGCAAUGUCGAUCGGCAGCGCAUGGUCGAGCGCGCUCGGCACCAUGAGCAAAGAAUCGUCCUUCUCGCUGCUGGACGCGUACACCAGCAUGGGCGGCAACUUCAUCGACACAUGCAACAACUACCAGAACGGCGAAUCGGAGAGCUGGCUCGGCGAAUGGAUGUCCCUGCGAGGCAACCGGGACCAACUAGUGCUAUCAACGAAAUACACCGGCGAAUACGCGGCGCACUCGAUCGCGGACGGAAAAGGGAAAACGAUCAACCACUCCGGGAACCAUCGACGGAGCCUGCACAUGAGCGUGCGCGAUUCGUUGCGGAAACUGGGCACGGAGUAUAUUGACAUUCUGUAUGUGCAUUGGUGGGAUUACACCACGUCGGUGGAGGAGGUCAUGGACAGUCUGCACUAUCUGGUGGAACGCGGCCAGGUGCUGUAUCUGGGGAUCUGCAACGCGCCGGCGUGGGUGGUGAGUGAGGCGAACGUGUAUGCGCGGAUGAGCGGGAAGACGCAGUUUAGUAUCUACCAGGGACGGUGGAAUGUGAUGGUGAGGGAUUUGGAGAGGGAGGUGAUUCCGAUGGCGAGACGGUUUGGGAUGGCGAUUGCGCCGUGGGAUGCGGUCGGUGGGGGCCGGCUGCAGAGUAAGGGGGCGAUGGAGGAGAGGAGGAGGAAGGGCGAGGGCGUCAGGGAUAUGAUGGGGUCGGGGGCCUGGCAGACGGAGCAGGAGGUGAAGAUGAGUGAGGCCUUGGAGCAGGUUGCAGGCCAGAUUGGGGACGUGUCGGUCACGGCGGUGGCGUUGGCGUAUUUGAUGGCCAAGACGACGAAUGUGUUUCCGCUCGUCGGGGGAAGGAAGGUGGAGCAUUUGAGGGAUAAUAUCAAGGCGUUGGAGGUGAGGUUGUCUGAGGAUCAGGUGAGGUUCUUGGAGGGUGUCAAUGGUGGGUUGGUCAAGGGGUUUCCCUAUGAUAUGCUGGGCGAGGAGCCCGGCGUGUCGGGCGGGACGGGCCCGUCGUUGGCGAAUGCAGGGACCGUGGAUUGUGUGCGGUACUCGAGGGCGAUUGGGUAUGAGUGA